GCUUGUUCCUUCAUGUCUAUGGAUUAUUCCAUAAUAAUUAGUUUACUUCUUCUCUUUUCAUGCACUACAAUACACGUUCUCUCAAACACAAUAAGAAGAAAACGAAACCACAAUCUUCCACCAGGACCUUCUCCUCUUACCCUAGUGAGAAACCUAGUUGAACUUGGCAAAAAGCCACAACAAACACUAGCCAAACUUGCCAACCUUCAUGGCCCCAUAAUGCGUUUGAAGCUAGGUCAACUAACCACCAUAGUUAUCUCUUCACCAAACAUAUCCAAAGAAGUGUUCCAAACCCAUGACUUGUUAUUCUCAAACCGAACAAUUCCACAUGCCACAACGGUUCACAACCAUAGCCAUAAUAGUGUAGCUUUUCUCCCCAUUUCACCUCUUUGGCGAGACCUUAGGAAAAUAUGCAAUAACCAAUUGUUCUCCAACAAGUCCCUCGAUGCAAGCCAAAACCUUAGACGCAAAAAAUUGCAUGAACUUCUCAAUCACGUACAUGCAUGCAGCCUUAGGGGUGAAGCAGUGGACGUUGGAACCGUGGCUUUUAGGACUUCGAUUAAUUUUUUGUCGAACAUUUUUUUCUCUAUGGAUUUUGUUAACAAUGAAGAUGAAAGUGAAGAGUACAAGGGCAUAGUGGAGAAUCUUGCAAGAGUGAUUUCAACGCCGAAUUUGGAGGAUUUUUUGGCGUUGUUGAAGAUGGUUGAUCCACAAGGCAUUAGAAGACGAGCAACUACUUACGUUUCAAAGUUGUUCGCUAUUUUUGAUCGAUUGAUAGAUAAACGAUUGGAGUUGGGUGUAAGUAAUGAUGACAUGUUAGACACGUUGCUCAACAUAUCUCAAGAGAAUGGCCAGAAGAUGGACACCAAAAAGAUCAAACAUUUAUUUCUGGAUUUAAUUGUUGCUGGAACCGAUACCACUUCCUACACAACGGAAUGGGCAAUGGCUGAACUAAUCAAUAACCCAAAUGCAAUGUCAAAAGCCAAAAGGGAGCUUGAGCAAACUAUUGGAAUAGGCAAUCCAAUUGAAGAAUCAGACAUUACAAGACUCCCAUAUUUGCAUGCAAUAAUAAAAGAAACAUUACGCUUGCAUCCUGGGGCCCCACUUUUGCUACCUCGACAAGCCAACAUUGAUGUAGAGAUCAAUGGCUACACUAUUCCACAAGGUGCACAAAUUGUAAUUAAUGAAUGGGCUAUUGGAAGGGACCCUAGCAUAUGGGAUAACCCUACUUCAUUUUCACCUGAGAGAUUUUUGGGUUCAGAAAUUGAUGUCAAAGGUCGACAUUUUCAGCUCACACCGUUUGGUGGUGGGCGACGAAUUUGCCCUGGCUUGCCACUAGCUAUGAGAAUGUUGCAUUUGAUGUUGGGAUCGUUGAUCAAUGGUUUUGAUUGGAACUUUGAAAAUGAUGUGAAUCCAGAUAUCGACAUGGGUCAACCCUUGCGAGCUAUUCCCUUUAGAAUAAACAAAUCUAGUUGAUGGAACGUGGCACAAGUGGUUGAUCAAUGAAGAAAACUAAGGGAAGUCUAGGUAGGUGCAUUUGUUGUUUGAUGUUCACACUUUCUCCAAAAAUUAUUGGAAUCGUGUAACAAAAUUAAUUACGGUGUUAUAGCUAGGCUAAGAUUUUGUGUAGGGUUAAGCCAUUUAUUAAUAAUAUUAUUUUUUU